UCAUGUGCCGAAGCUUAAAGAAAAUCAAAUAUCUUGCCCUAUUCUUCAAGUUAUUAUUAUUACCCGCUGAAGUUGUAGCUUGAGUGAAAAAUAAAGGACGUGGUGCUAUAUUUAUUCAUUUAUUACCUUUUUCCAAUUCCAGACGUCUGUCGGAAGAUUCCCUCCGAUCUUGACCGAUCGCCUAACACCUGAAGUUUGCGACCUUGUCUCAAAGAAUUUGCUCGAUCUCAGGCAGCUGAAUCUGGGCUUGCGCUUUUUAGCAUUGGCUGGAGCAUUAUAAAAUAUGAGCAUAUGCUAAAAUAUGCAGUCUACAGCGCAGAUCUCUCUCGAUUCUAAUUCUCACCUUCAUCCAGAGACUGUCUCAAUUCAAAAUGGUGGUCCUGGAGUUUCGUCAUCCAUCAUGAAUAUUGUCUUGCCGCAGCUGCCUGCCCCUAAAAAGCCGACAAGGCAGUGGGCUGCUUGGACUCGUCAAGAGGAAGAAAGCUUCUUCACUGCGUUACGACAAGUGGGCAAGAAUUUUGAGAAGAUCACUUGCCGUGUGCAAAGCAAAAACAAGGACCAGGUCAGGCAUUAUUACUAUAGGCUUGUAAGACGGAUGAACAAGCUUCUUGGACCAGAAUUGUGUUUGGAUGCUAAAAACUCUAAAGAUACAAACGCUGCAAUGCUUCGCUGGUGGUCAUUAUUAGAAAAAUAUAGCUGCAAAGCCUCAAAGCUUCACCUGAAGCCUCGGAAAUUCAAAAUAUUUGUAGAGGCCUUGGAGCACCAACUCAUGAAAGACCGGAAGAAGAAUGUGCGCAGGAGACCUUUGCAGGGGGAAAAUUACCCUCCUGCUGCCACCAAUACUGUCUCUAAUCAAAAUAGAACCUUGGGAAAUGAUGCUCGAACUGUUAAACUGGUUCUUGUUGAUAGUCAAAACAUUCAAAGCCUUGGAACUUCAAAAGCAUCAUUGAAGCGCAAUGUAAACAUGGGUAUUAACCGAAACAACACUAAGGGAGAGUCAACUACCAUGAAACCUUCAAGGCAACGAAAGAAACCAGCAGGCAUGAUCACAGCAGCUGCAUAUAAAAAAUGGGAAAAGGCUGCAAUGGCUGGUGUUUCUUUAGUUGCAGAUGCUGCAGAACAUUUGGAGCGGGUUGCCACUGUCAAGGACGUUGAACAUGACCAGGGGACUUCAGUAGAAAAGUGUUUUGAACCUGUUGACAGUGUUCUGCCCCUAUUGCCCAAACCUCCUCAAAAUGACGUUGUUGAUAACAACAUACAGAAUAUCGUGAAACUUAAGCUCCAGUUGUUCCCGAUUGAUGAUUGUACUCGAAGAGCCUUGGAAAGGGAUAGUCACAAUCCAUACCUGGAGCUUACUCUUAGUACUCGAAAAAAGAUAUCAUCAAUAAUAGAUCAUCUGAACCGUAAAUGGGGUAAUUCGAGCAUGGCAAUUGGACAAUUAAUGCUUUUUCCUUAUAAUAUUCAGAAAGAGAAUUUGGCUAGUUAUCAGAGAUGGACACAAGAAUCUACUGUUAGUGCAGGAGAUGUAUAUGGAAUGAUUGGAAGCCCACCUAUAUUCCGUUUGAGGUAUGGAUGGUUUUCCCAUGCCGAACUUGGACCUUCAAAUAAUCAAGGGCCUAUUGCAUUUAACUGCAUGCCUGGACAAUCCAACAUUAACACGGUCAAUGUGAAGGGUCACAUUGUGGAUCCUUCUCUCCCUACAACAUCAACAAAUAAUUAUCACCAGGAUUCUUGUGAUGAUCGAGGAACAUCCACAGCCAAGAAUCUUGCUCCUGCCACUACUUCAACUGAUUUGCCUAAUGCAAGAGAUGACAAUGUUUCCCUAAAUCCAAGCAUUAAGGAGUCUGGCAAUGCUACACUCGCUGUUUCAUCACAAGGAACUGAUGCUGGGGAUGAAAUCAUGACAAAACAAGUAGAUGAAAUGGACGAGUUGAGAUUAAGCAAUGGAACGGGUUUUUCAGCUGGUGAAUGGGCUGAUAGCCUUACCAACAUAAGCGUAGGAGACCUACUUUCAGGAGCAUCUGAGGAUCUGGAAGAUAGGUUCAUUAAUCCAACUGGUGCUGAGAAUUGUAAUGGUCUUCUCCAAAUUCCUUUUAGCAGUGAUUCUUUUGAUGCUGCUAUUGCCGCUCACAUAUCUCGACAUCGAGAAAAGAUGGGGCAUCAACCAACUUUGGCAUCCCAUACAUCUUCCAUCUGGGAUGCUGAAGAAACGUGUGAUGCAUUUUUGUUUAAAAAAGAUCCUGUUUCUCGUGAAGUUGGUUCCUGUGUAUCUCCCAUUACUUCUCCCGAAUCCCACAAACAGGUUCCAGGAAGAAACUCCAUUUGCUCUGAGCAUUUGGUUGAGCAGUCACCUAAAAGAGAGAGGCUUGUGGAUAAUUUUGCUCAUACUGUCCCUAUAGAUGGUUUUGAAUCUAAGGCAGAUUUCCAGGAUCAUUCAGCAAAAGAUUUCAGUGGGCUAGUGGAUGUGUACUGGCCUGAUUCGUUGGGACCACUGGAUUUAGAUGUACCAUCAACGAAGUACCAUAGCCAAGAUUUAAUUUUAAGCGAUAGUGGUUUGAAUCGCUUGAUAGCCAGCAGCCUAGAUGCAUUCCAGAAUUGCUCCUUCUUUGGGAUUGACAAAAAGGAAUCCUGAUGAACGAUUGAAGUUUUAGAGAAACUGCCGUCUUUCAGAUUUUAAAGUUGGAAAUGGUGGUUGCGGCUCGAUCUGCUCGGAUGUCAUCAAGUACUACCCCAUUUGUGGCGUGAGCUUCGCUGGCAGAAGUUAGCUAUAAUUAAUUAACCUUUUAACCUUUGACCGACUUGAGGGGUGAUGUUCAAGCGACUGCUUAGCUUUUUGCUGUACAUACUACUGUAAUCAGGGUCCCUUCCCUUUUGUACAAAGAAAUGGCCCCGUAGGAAUUAUACGAUACUCUCUCUCUCUCUCAGCGUAUGUACAUUGUACGUGAAAAAGUAGUCUCAAGCUGAUGCGCAGUAACUUGAUUUACUGGUAAUUAUCAUAUGAAUACUUUAUAGUAA